GUCUAUUCUUUUCUACAUACCCGCUUACAAACUAUACCUAGAUCAGCACGUAUUCAAGAUACGGUUUCAAUUAUACUUUUUAAUCAACAAGCAUCAGUUCCUUAUGUACAUCAAAGUCUAACUGAUGCAAAUAUAAUAUUAAAAAUUCUGGUUCAACAUCUUCCAAGUGGAGGAACUGACUUUGGUUCAGCGAUAGAACAAGCUGGAAGCCUAAUUGACACAUAUUUUGAUCCUAAAAAGUAA